CAACUGGGAGAUUCCACUCCGCUUAAUUAAUUGCAUGCUGUUCUCGUUGAGCGCGAAGAAGCUGGUCCGAUUUCUAACGUAUUGAUUCUCGUUUCAACGAAGGAUGUUCGAUCGAUGCACUAACCGGGGGAGAGCGCGAGCGACCUAAAUUUCGUUCUCCAGCAGCAGUGGAAGUUUUCGAUGAUUUCACCCGUUCGGAUUGCCUCCGCACAACGGUUGGCGCGACGUCAAAAAACCGACGACGCUCGCGAAUAAUCCGAAAAUAAUCGAAAUAACAGAUCGUUCAGUCGGCGGUCUGGCGCCUUUUAACGGCACCGGACGCGUAUAGUAUAAGUAAUGUAAAUUCAGGAAUGCUCGGUGACGAUCAGCUCGGUGAAUCAUCCGUCGCGCAAAAGUAGCGGUCAGAGUUUAUUUUCGGGUGGAUCGGAUCUAUUUUUUCGCCUCGAUCGAUUAUGAUCUAUCUCGCAAGCAUCUUCGAUAUAUUUUCAUGAUAAUUGGUAGCCCUGGAGGUUUGGAUCUACCUCAGUCGUGACUAGGGAGAGUUAGGCAGUUGGGGGAGGAGGGGGGAAGGUGGAGGGGUUGGAUGGUGGAAGAGCAGAGGAACAUCAAACUUAUAAACAGCAAAAUAGCCAGGAUUCGAAAAAUAUUCUUAUUUGAGUCGCGCUCGUUUCGACACGUCGAGGGUGGGGAAUCUAUUUAUAAAACGGGGAUGGUCCACACGACGCCCACGUUGUCGUUGGACACGUAACAAUAAUUUAUUAAAAUAAUUGCAAUAAUCCGGCACACGACCCAAAAAAGUGCCCAUCCUCAUCCUUUAGGUGCAGACAUGUCUUUUCGUGUGGUGCGCAGCAGCAAGUUCCGCCACGUGUACGGGACGGCUUUGAAACGUGAACAAUGUUAUGACAAUAUAAGGGUGUCGAAGUCCUCAUGGGACUCGACCUUCUGCGCCGUGAACCCAAAAUUUCUCGCCAUCAUCGUGGAAUCCGCAGGCGGUGGUGCCUUCAUAGUUUUACCGCACAACAAAGUAGGUCGAAUACCAGCAGAUUAUCCAUUGGUUGGUGGACACAAAGGUCCUGUGUUAGACAUUGCUUGGUGUCCUCACAAUGAUAAUGUCAUAGCAUCAGGUUCUGAAGAUUGCGUAGUCAAAGUGUGGCAAAUACCUGAUGGUGGUAUUUCUAGGACAUUAACGGAAUCUGUGGUAGAUCUCCAGCAGCAUCAGCGCAGGGUCGGCCUUGUAUUAUGGCAUCCGUCAGCACUAAAUGUAUUGCUCACAGCUGGGUCUGACAAUCUUGUAUUGAUUUGGAACGUAGGCACGGGAGAAGCCAUAGUACGAAUAGAUUGCCAUCCAGACAUGAUUUAUUCUGCAUGCUGGAACUGGGAUGGAUCCAGAGUAGUUACCACUUGUAAGGAUAAAAAGAUCCGAAUUCUGGAUCCAAGAACUGGAGAGAUAUUGGAAGAGGCUAUUGCACAUGAAGGUAGUAAGGCAACCCGUGCAAUCUUCCUCAGGGGAGGCUUGAUCUUUACCACAGGUUUCAGUAAAAUGUCUGAGAGGCAGUAUUCCCUGCGCGCUCCAGAUAUGUUAGGUGAACCCAUAGUUAUGGUCGAAUUGGAUACAAGUAACGGUGUUAUGUUUCCCUUGUACGAUCCUGACACAAAUUUAGUGUAUUUAUGCGGGAAAGGCGAUUCUGUAAUUCGAUAUUUCGAAAUUACCCCUGAACCUCCCUUUGUUCAUUACAUCAAUACGUUUCAAACUCCUGAUCCUCAACGAGGUAUAGGAAUGAUGCCAAAACGAGGCUGUGAUGUUAAUAGCUGUGAAAUAACUAGAUUUUACCGGCUCAACAACUCGGGCUUUUGCCAGGUUAUCUCUAUGACUGUACCGAGAAAGUCAGAAUUAUUUCAAGAAGAUUUGUAUCCUGAUACUCCAGGUGACACUGCUGCAAUAUCUGCCGAAGAGUGGGAGAACGGAACCGAUGCAGAUCCCAUAUUAAUCUCUUUGAGAGAUGGUUAUCAACCCUCGGUGGCAAAGAACGAAUUGAAAGUACAUAAGAAGUCAAACAUAUUGAGCAAAGGAGCAAAAGUUGCUUCCUCGAAUUCUGCACAGAAUGCACAAGCAUCAGCAGGCAUUACUGAGGAACUUUUGAAGGAAUUUACGGAAGAAAUACGAAAACUGAAAGCGGUGAUCGUGAAACACGAGGGUAGGAUACGGGUGCUCGAGUCUGCCGUUGCUCUUCAAAUGAAAGAAGACGAAAGAAAGGAAAAGUCAUCUUCACCGACUGACAGAGAGAUGCUUGCAUCCGACGAGGUGUAGUUUUUAGCUCAUAUUUCAGGCUCAAGAAAACGAUACGAAAGGGAGGAAAACAUAAUUAAUUGUGUAAUAAAAAAUGAUCGUAUAUUUUGAUAUAACAAUUUGUGUAAAUAGUAGAUCUUAGCUACGUUGUGUGUCUUGAUCUUUUUUUUUUUUUUGUUUUUUUUUUGCAAUGACUUUUGCUAUUUAUUGUACAUCCGUUCAUCAUACAUCUUCUGCAUUUGUACUAUGUUUACAUCUCUUAUUUUGUUAGAUCAUAGUCAACAUGUGAAACCACCUGUUACUAGCAUUAAGAUUUCAGAUUGUUAUUGUCUAAUAUACUUUCGUGUAUAUUCAACUCCUACAAUCGUUCAAGAAAAAAAAAACGACUGUCUCUUUUUUAUGGAGAUUGGAAAUGAUUUCGCUGUAAAAUAACAAAAUAUUGUCUUACUUCCGGUAUUACGAGUAAUAUACAAUUCAUAUGUAAGUUACAAGAUAACUGAGAAGAAAAGAAUCACUAUUUUAUGAACUUUUGCAAAAUAACAAGUAAUAAGAUAUCGAGUAUUUUUGACUAAUCCGUUUUUUGACAUUGUGAAAGGAGAUCGUUAAUUUUGUACAAAAAUAACGUAAAUAUAAAACAAUAUUGUAACUGAUUGAA